UAUUUAUUUUAUAUUUUAAUAAAUGAACCACCUUGAAUGUUGACAUGUGUAUGAAACCAAAUUGUGUAUGAAUCAUUUUCUAAUAUUUUUCAUGUAAGCUAAUGGAAGGACAAGCACAUGACCACUUUCCCCGGUGAGCAGAACAUGCAUCACGCCCCUGCUCCUUUUCUUUUUGAGAUACGUUUGCCUGGCAAGGCUGAGGUUACGGUGAAACAAGCAGACUUGCGCAACAUGGCCUUUGAAAUAAUUCAGAUCACGACCGACGAGGAGAGUAAGAAAUUGAUGUUACUGGAGGAAGCCGCUACCAAUCCACUAAAUGCGACAUCAAACAAGCCAUUAAUACAAAAGGUUGCGUAUAGACUGCGCACGCGCUACAAUGAUGAGGAACGCAAACGAUUUUUCGAGCCAAUUUCUGUUACGAUCGGUCCCCUCCACCAUGAAAGGGAUCCUAAAUCAGACUCGCCAUUCGAAAGAGGUGAGAAGUUCAAGCUACAACUGGCGGGGACGUUCAUCAAAAAGAGUGGGAGGACGAAGGAAGAUUUCUACAGCAAUGUCAAGAAGGAGAUAAAUAGCUUGAAGAAGUGCUAUGACCCCAACGAAGUAGAGAAAUGGAAUGAUGAGGAGUUGGCCUGGAUGUUCCUUGUGGAUGGCUGUGCAUUGUUGCAUUUCAUACUCCUUGAUAUGAUGGAUAAGUGGAAGGAAGUAGGGGGUAAGAAUGAUCUAGUCGCCUUUGCGAAACUUGAUUUAUUCUUACUUGAGAACCAACUGCCCUACAAACUCCUUGAGAUAUUGAUAGGCAUGUUCCCUGAAGUCCCAAGUGAAGAAGGAGGAGAAAAUAGUCAGAAGGAAUUGAAGGAUUCCAUCACCAAAUUCAUUGACAAGAGUUUCUUGAGUCCGGUCGAGCAGCAACUACAACACCGAAUUCAGGUUGACUCUCAUCAUCAGAUUCAUCCUCCUCAUCUUGAGCAACAAAAACAAGAAGAAGAAAAAGAGCCUGCUCAUCUUCUGGCACUGUUACGAAAAAGACUGAUAGGAACCAAAGCAAAAGAGAAGGGUAAAGAUAAAAAAAUGGACAUUCUCUGGGAGAAACUGAGGAAUUCGAAGUUGUGCUCUUAUGGUGCUAAAAGCAGACACUGGCACACAUUUCGCAACGUAAAGGAGUUGAAAGAAAAGGGUAUUCGUUUUAAAGCGAGUAAAGAGAGAGGUGCCAUCACAGACAUUGAUUUCGACGACCGUUUUUGCAUGCCAACCCUUACGCUUUCUCCCAUUUUGGUUGACGUCGCCACCAUGCCAAAGUUGCUGAACUUGAUAGCCUACGAGAUGUGUCCGGAUUUCAAAAACGAGUUCGAGAUCACCUCGUACGUGUCAUUUCUCGACACCUUGAUCGAUAGCAGGGAGGAUGUGAAAGAACUAAGAGAUGCAGGCGUGCUGCGCAACGAACUAGGAAGCGAUAAAGAUGUAGCAGUGCUGUUCAACAAGAUCAGCGACAAACUGGUGCCGAAUCUUGAGAUACACCUUGAGUUGAAACGUCGUAUCCAAGAUCACUGCAACAUCAUAUGGGCCAGAGACGCUGCUAAAAUCUGUCACACCUAUUUCAGGAGUCCCUGGAGCUUCAUCGUCUUCCUCGGUGUCAUAGCUGGCCUUGUUAUGGCAGCUCUGCAGACUUAUAAUAGCUUCAAAGAGACAUACUGGCUCGAACGCUGAACUUUAAUUAUUACUAUUUCUAGUUAGUCUGAUGCUAUUACAGUGUGUGUUUUCUUAGCUAAAAAAUACUUGUGAAUGCU